AUGUCGAGAGCAUUGUCAUCUACAAGAGUAUUGAUCGAUGAUCAAAUUAUACCAGCUACUAUAAUAUUCACCAUAGAAACAGGGAAAAUCCUACAUAUAGAACAAAAAGUAUUACCACCCAAUGAUGCAAUACUAAAAAGGUAUGCAGUUUUGCCAAUAGACUAUCGAAAUGUGUCGCCGGCAGUAAUUAUGCCAGGUUUGGUUGAUGCACAUGUUCACUUGAACGAGCCAGGACGUACCGAAUGGGAAGGCUUUGCAACAGGCACCAGGGCAGCUGCAUUUGGAGGGGUCACCACUGUCAUUGAUAUGCCUUUGAAUGCCAUCCCUCCAACUACAACCGUGUACAAUUUCAAUUUAAAGAUAAAUGCCGCUAGAGAACAAUGUUGGGUUGAUGUCGGAUUUUGGGGUGGUUUGAUCCCUGCCAAUUUGCAAGACUUGGUCCCAUUGAUUAGGAUGGGUGUAAGGGGCUUCAAGGCAUUUAUGAUUGAAAGUGGUGUUGAUGAAUUCCCAGCUGUUACACCACGCAUUAUUCACGAGGCAAUGAAGAUUGUCAAAGAUGAAAAGACGUUGUUGAUGUUUCAUGCUGAAAUGCAACCGCAAGAACACCGAGUGGAUUUCCAAAUUCUGGAUGAAGAGGACCUGUCACGAGACGAGGACGAGGGGUUAGCAAAUUUCGAUGCCAAUGCCAAUGCAGUUGCCAUAGAAGAUGAGUUGAUGAAUACAGAUUUUGAUUUGGGAAUGUCUGCUUCGUUCAUCAAUAGAGCACCACAACCGGUAGUCAAGCUUUUACGUAAUGAUCCAGGUACACACAAGGAAGAGCAUGAGCUUUGUAAAUUGCCUCACAACCACGCAGGCUCAAUAGAUGAAUCAGUUUUGUCGAAUGAACAGGCCAAGAAAUUGGCAAGCACUCCAGUUUUGGCCGGUGCUGAUCCAACCCAUGGUAAAAAUGCAAUGAAGGUUAAACAACAAAGUCAUUUAGAAGAAGAAGAGAGCACAUGGUUAAUCGAAGACGAUACGAAAGUUAGCUCACCAUUGUUGUUGGCCAAACAAAAGGAUUCAUCGUUAGCCACUGUUGACCCUACUGCAUAUGCUUCCUUUUUGGCAUCAAGACCCGACAAUUUUGAAACUACAGCUAUAGCUGAAAUCAUCAACUGUUCAACAUUGGAACCAACAGUUCCUUUACAUAUAGUGCAUUUGGCAACACAUGAAGCUGUGCCAUUACUCAGAGCAGCCAAGGCUAAAGGAUUGCCAAUAACAGCCGAGACUUGCUUCCAUUACUUGUCCUUGUGCGCAGAAAAGAUUAGUAGUUGCUCAACUCAUUUCAAAUGUUGUCCACCAAUUAGGACCGACGACAAUAGGAAAUUGUUAUGGAAAGCAUUACGUAACGAUAUCAUCACCACCGUUGUUAGUGACCAUUCACCAUGUACCCCUGAUUUGAAAGGGUUGGAAAAGGGUGAUUUUUUUGAGGCUUGGGGAGGUAUUUCAAGUGUUGGAUUUGGAUUGCCAAUCUUGUACACUGAGGGCCAGAAGUUGAAUCCACCAAUUUCAUUAGUUGAAAUCAAUAAAUGGUGUUCUUUAAACACGGCAAAACAAGUUGGAUUGGAAGACAGAAAAGGAGCUUUAAAAAUUGGAUACGAUGCUGAUUUUUGCAUUUUCGAUACUGAUGCAAUUUUUACAGUGGAGAAUAAGGAUGUUUAUUUCAAAAACAAGUUGACUGCUUAUGAUGGAAUGGAAUUUCAAGGAAGAGUAUUAGAGACGUUGGUUAGAGGUCAUUGUGUUUAUGCAUUUGGUAAAGGUCACUCGAAUGUGCCCAUGGGUCAAUUGAUUUUGGAGCCAAGGAAGUAG